AUUCCCAAGCCGACUUGGCACUGGUGGAUCGGAUAGGAUACCAGUUUCGUCUUCACCUGAUCGCUCUCUUCUCGUCAAGCGAUGACGAAAGCCUCCUGUUGUUUUGGUAAAGCUGAAGCCUUCCUUUUGAAGAUGCCAGGAGAGGAGACGGUGGUCCUCAAUCCUGAUGCCAGGUGUCUCACGCUUUGGUCCUCGAGAGAUGGAGAUAGGCGAGCCAAGCGAGUCGGCCAGCAUCUCUUUCCGAGAAGGAGGGAGUGGGUUGUUCAGGUCUCCCACUACCCACUAAGGAAGUAGCCGAGAGAAUCCUACAGAAAUGAAUUUCCAAGCGAAGUUGGGGACCUUCCUCGACCUCUUGUGGAACCUGAUAGGUGUUAAACCCAAAAAUAAUUCAUUUGCGAUGGAAAAGGCUCUAGGCAGAGGAACCCCAAAGAGGAUUGCAGUAGUGACAGGGGCCAACAAAGGAAUUGGACUGGAGAUAUGCAGGCAGCUAUCAUCCAACGGAGUCCAGGUGCUGUUGACGGCACGAGAUGAAGAGCGGGGGACUGCAGCUGUUGAGAAGCUUCGGGCUUCCGGAGCAUCUGAUGUGGUGUUCCAUCAGCUGGAUGUUACUGACUCAGUUAAUGCUUCUUCCUUGGCGGAUUUUGUCAGGAAUCAGUUUGGCAGGCUUGAUAUAUUGGUAAACAAUGCAGGGAUUCUUGGAACAGAAUCAGACUCUCAAAGACGUGGUGGAGGUUCAAGCUUCUUUAUGUCUCGAGAGACUUAUAAGAAGGCAGAAGAAUGUCUAAACACAAACUAUUAUGGAGCCAAGAAAGUCACAGAGGCUCUGCUACCUCUUCUUCAGUUAUCACAAUCUCCACGGAUAGUGAAUGUUUCUUCAGUUUAUGGGAAGCUACAGGGUAUUCCCAAUAGAAGCAUCCAAAGAGAAAUAGGUGAUGUAAAUAGGCUCAGCGAAAAGAAAUUAGAUGAACUGGUCCAUUCCUUUCUAAAUGAUUUCAAGGAAGGAAAGUUGAGCAAAAAUGGCUGGCCAACUAGCUUUGCUGCAUACACAGUCUCUAAAGUAGCUUUGAAUGCUUAUACAAGAAUUCUUGCAAGGAGGUACCACACAAUCUGUGUCAACUGUGUGAAUCCUGGUUAUGUCAAAACUGACAUAAAUGGAAAUUCUGGGAUCUUAACCGUUGAACAAGGUGCUAAAGGCCCCGUGAUGUUGGCUUUGCUUCCUGAUGGCAGCCCUUCUGGCCUUUUUUAUGAUCAAACUAGAGAGACAUCCUUUUAGUUAUGUAAUUAUCUUUAUAGACUUGGAUUGAGCUUUGGCCCAAUUCUGUACCUCAAAAAACGGAAUAAUUAUCUCCAUGAGAGGACAGAAAACUGUGUAGUAAGAGUAGCAUAUAUUUUGCUCCAUCUAUUUUUCCUUGUGUAUGGUGUUGCCAUUGUUAUUUAUGUGAUUAGUUGAAUUGAAUUA